CAAGACAACAACCUUAAAUAUCUGCUUCUUAAUUAGCACUUCUUCUGAACUAGCUAGAUUUAUCAUCCUGGGCAAAUAUUUUUCUCCAAAGAAAUGGGUGAUAGAUUGCGUUUGGCAGUAGGAGUAAUGGGGAAUGUCGCCUCCAUGUUGCUCUAUGCUGCACCAAUGCUUACUUUCUCCCGAGUUAUAAAAAAGAAAAAAACUGGAGGAUUUUCAUGUGUACCUUACGUACUAGCAUUGUUCAAUUGUUGUCUCUAUACGUGGUAUGGUUUACCAGUAGUAAGUUAUAGAUGGGAAAAUUUCCCACUGGUUACUAUUAAUGGAAUAGGGAUUCUUCUGGAGAUCUCAUUUAUUCUAAUCCAUUUCUGGUUUUCUUCGGCUAAAGGAAAGAAGGAAGUUGCAAAAAUGGUGGUGCCUAUUAUUCUAAUAUGCUUGGCAAUAGGGAUUAUAUCGGCUUUUGUAUUUCAUGAUCACCGUCGUCGCAAGGUUUUUGUAGGCAGCGUUGGACUCGUAGCCUCAGUGGCUAUGUAUGCUUCCCCUCUAGUUGUUGUGAGACAAGUGAUAAAGACAAAGAGCGUGGAGUUUAUGCCAUUUUACUUGUCAUUUUUCUCCUUUCUUGCUAGUGGUCUUUGGAUGGCCUAUGGAUUACUCAGCCAUGAUCUCUUUCUAGCGUCUCCAAAUCUGGUGGGAACACCCCUGUGCAUCCUGCAACUUAUACUGUAUUGCAAGUACCGAAAGAACCCCAUAAAUGAAUUAGCACCACAGAAAUGGCUGGAUCUGGAAUUUAACAAUGAGAAACUCAAUCAAGAAUUCCAGUUAGAUGAGAAGAAGGAACCAGUCCUAGUUGUCACUGAGAAUAUCAACACCAAGAUUUAAAGAAAUUUUCGUAUUCUAUUAAGGUAAUACCUUGCUCAAAUCAUGGAGUAGCACUCACCAACCAAGAAUCAGGAAGCGGACCAAGAAAUACAAAAUGGUGACCCAUAUCAUAUACUACAUUGUUUUGACUGUGUGUAAUCCUUUAAUAACUUCUCUUGAGGAAUUGGAAGAAUUUACUUUGUGCCUGAA